AUGCCACAUGCACCGAUACAGUCUGUCCUAAACUUCGCAAACGAAAUCGAGAUCGGUUCGCCUAGCCUGACGCCUGAUCUGCGGACCAGAAUCUCCUGUCUGCCUGCAGAAAAUAUCCAGCCGAAGCAACGAGCUGCAUUCGAGACUCGAGGAACUGAACUUUGGAAUAUUGCAACGCGUCACAGUCGCGAGCUUGGCGUCCGCAACGAUGCUAGCGAUCAAGAGGGCACCAAGAAUACACUGCUUCGCGUUUUUGCAUUCGGCAUGCUUGACACCGCAGCGAGAAGCAGAAACAAUCAAUCGAAGCGCCUUGAGUCGUGCACGCGCAUUCUGAAAGUUGCCUUCAAGACCAUGAAGGCAUGUCUGCGAUCUGGAGAGCUAGAUUUGGCAAGCAAAGUGGCUCAGAGCGCGGCUUUCUGGGUAAGCGAAAGUGAGGGGCUGAUGCCGGAGGAUUUGAAGUUGAAGAUGGAGGCGGAAUACUACAUUUGGCGAGUGGCUCUGGUAGGUGUAACGUCUCGACCUAGCACCGGGACGUUUACUCAUGCGGAUGUUCAGGCGUGGCAACAAGACAAAUUGGAUGUCGCCGAGCACAUGUACGGGAAGUUUGGGAAAGAUGUACGAUGCCAUCCAGAUUCCGCAGAGGACCUCGCAGAUACUCUUUAUGAGCUCGGAAAAAGCCUGUUCGUCAAAUCGCAUUACGAACUCGCAGCCACCUGGCUAGAGCGAGCGUUUAAUGCAAUUGAUUCAGUUGACCUUGGUCAGCUCAGCGACGAUUCUGGGGAGCUGAGGCUGGCGAUACUUCAGUUGCUCGUUAGAUCGUUACUGAUGAUCAAGACCACCGCGGCCAUAGAUAAAGCUAGACAUUUCGUCGGCCUCGUCGAACUUAACUAUUCGGACAAGCUUGUAGCAGCGUUGUUGAAGCUCGAAAUGCUGUCAGCUGAAACGUCACCGAAUGCCGCAGACUACUUCGAUAUGGUAAACCGGGUGAUACGAACAACUAUGCUGACGAGGGCGAAUUUCAAAACCAUCAUGCACCACAUACAUAAGCUCAAAAAGCUUAGUGCCACACUUGCAUCGAGGGCCCUUGACAACCUCAUCCACAGUCGGCUAUUUGACGACGCAAAGGAUGAUUGGAUCGAACGUGCUUGUAUGAUGCGCAUUUGGAUAGCCACAACAGUAGAAGAUGGGUUGCCGAACUUUUCAGCUCUCAAAGAACUCUUUGACAAGAUCCAUCAUACUAGACUCCGGUCGUUCUCCUCGACAGCCGCGUAUGCUGCGCAAACACUGAUGUGGUCGAACAUUGAGCGCGCAUACAACGAGAAAGAAUAUGACUUGGUUGAGAGGUUUUGUGAACUCGCUUUGCACGAAUUGUUUUCGAAGUGCGGGGAGUUAAAUCGCGCCAAAGUAGCCAGAAAAUGGAUACUAAGCACAAUUAAAAAAGGUGACAGUAAUGUUGCUCGCAAAGUCUAUUUUCAGUUACCAGAGACAGCACGCAAUGCACCAGAGACAAGGUAUCUAAUGCAUAGAGUUGCUCUAAGAGAAAAUGAUCCCGCAUUCGCUGCAGAAUGCCUCAAUAUCGUUGCUAUGCAUGCGGACAAAGACUCGACUCGACUUUAUGCGUGUGUCCUUGACGCCGUAGAACUUGGUGAUGGUCAGCAAGCAUAUCUUGCUCUAAAGAAGGCCCUUGAGGCUUAUGAGAAGGGAGUGACUAAUGGUGUCCAUCUACCUGCUUUGCUUCGCUGUAUGAUUAGGACAAUUGAGCCAAGCACGAGAAGUUCCGCGGACAAUGGUCAUGAAAUUGAGCAGGCAAUCGAGUCCAUAUGCUCGGUCUUCGAGACUGCUGUUCAAUAUGCAAAGAAACCGGUGUCGAAUAAUGCAUUCACCGUGGCUGAACUAACUUGGUUUUCGAAGAACUGCUAUAAUGUCGCGGUGGACCAUAUGACUCAGAUUCAUCCUUCUCUUCUACUUCGUCUCUGUUUGGCAUGCGACCAACUAAUCGAACGACUGACACCUGACGCCCCGUCAGCCGUAAAAAAAGAUCUUCGCUUGAGGCACAUAUUUUGCAAGUACCUCAUCGUAACUACUUUCAUCAUCCUUGCUCGAGGAGAAGACUGCAUUGAGCAUUCCCUCAAUCACUACAACGAUACACUAAAACACGCUGCAGUCUUGAGACGAAUCAUUUGCGAGCAUAUGGAGGAUGAUACUCUGAGCGACUCGAUAAAAACGAACUUAGUCGCUAAGCACGUUCAAACCAUUAAAUAUGAACUAGAAGCGACACUACGACUGAAGAAGUGGGAUGAUCUCUCCAAGCUUUUUGAACAGUGUUGGAAGUAUGAGGAUCCCAAGCAGUGGAGCACACUCGCUGAUAUCUCUUUUUCCAUUCAUGCAGAGUUGUGUGAACAAGGACCGGAAUUGAUGCUCGCGCAUCAAAAUGAUGUUCUGAUGUUCAUUGAGCGGAUUGUGGCUAAGAGUUGGAAGCCUCAUGAGCCCAUUGAGAAGCUGGCUAAGUACUUAAGAUGUUUCUUCCAGCUUACUUUGGGCAAGGAGGACAGUCUAGCAGUGCAUUGCAUUGACCAGGUUACCAGUAUUGCUAACAAAUGCAAGAUUGGAAAAAACCCAUAUCCACUGGCUGAGCUAGAGUGGAUGGCUAUCACAGCGUUCAACCAUUCUGUGACAUGUUACUGCAUUAAAGAUGAUGUGAGCUGCCAGUUGUGGGCCGAAAAGGCGAUGAUGCUUGCGUCACAUGCAGAUGAUGGCGGAGCUCUCAGCGAUGAGCUGCAAAAGAAGUAUGCCCAGAUGCGGUGGGAAGAUUGA